CUCCGUUGACGAGUGCGGACGCCAUGGCUGAAACCGGCUUCAUCUUCUGGUUUUUCUUCGUCGCGCUGAAGACGGCGGUCCACUCAGCGCCCCACACUGGGAGCGAAGUUUGCGAGGACUGGAAACUCCCUCGGAUGAAGGACACGGAAAAAUACGUCAGAGUGCGAGACUCAAACCCUAUAUAUCUGUGGAUUUACGCAGAGGAGGCCAGUGCAACGACAGAAUUGCUAAUAUGUUGCAACGGAGAUGAAUGGCAGAGCAAAAAUAUCACUCUGAAAGAAGCCUACCUCUAUUAUCUUGCUACUUUUGACACGGAG